GGAAAAAUCAAGAAGACUCCGGAUACAGUACAACGACAACCAAAAACCAGAGGGAAAUCCUCGAAUAAUCAAAGCAGCUGAAGUCCGGUCCUCUCUCCAAGUCACAAUUCAAGACGCCGAAAAGGUUUAGCUCGUUUUCAGUCUCCUCCGGUCAAUGUUGUAUGCGGCUUCUGCUCCCGGUUUUUACCUUUCUUAUCCAGGAAGUCCUUGUUUUCGACGGAGUAAAAUCGUUUCCACAAGGUUUUCUUUGCGUGCUUCCUUGUCGGAUAAUGACGAUAGGUUUAAAGUCGAGUAUACACCUUGGUUGAUUGUUGGAUUGGGUAACCCUGGAAAUAAGUAUCACGGAACAAGGCACAAUGUUGGUUUUGAAAUGAUUGAUCGCAUUGCUCGAGAAGAAGGCGUCUUGAUGAAUACAAUACAAUCGAAGGCUUUAAUUGGAAUUGGUGCUAUAGGAGAGGUGCCAAUAUUGUUGGCAAAACCCCAGGCAUAUAUGAAUUUCAGUGGUGAAUCGGUUGGACCUCUUGCUGCACAUUAUCAAGUACCCUUGCGUCACAUUUUAUUGAUUUAUGAUGAGAUGAACUUGCCAAAUGGUGUUCUUAGGCUUCAACCAAAAGGAGGACAUGGCUAUCAUAAUGGAGUGAAGAGUGUGAUGGGCCAUUUGGAUGGUCGUCGUGAAUUUCCCCGUUUGUGCAUAGGCAUUGGAAAUCCACCUGGCUCCAUGGACAUGAAAGCUUUUCUUCUUCAGAAAUUCAGUGCUUCAGAGAGAAAACAGAUUGAUGAAGCCCUGGAACAAGGUGUUGAAGCUGUUAAGACACUGGUGCUCAAUGGAUUCAACCACAGUAUCUCUAGAUUUAAUUUAACACAGAAAUACAAAUAUCACAAAGUCUGAAUGCUGCGGAAAAAUGGACACCAAGGUAGGACAUAUCUUUCUAAGUCUCAGAAACAAAUGAUCCAAGAGAUGAAAUUUCUUGCAACUUUCCAGGCGUUGCUGUGCGCAUAGCAUAACAACCUAGUUCCUCCCAUGACAAUUCUACCUUCUUCUUCUCUCCCCCAAACUUUUCAAUUUCUGAUUUUCUGAAAGAAAUUUCAAACUUUUCUGGGUUUGGAAAGAGGAACCAAAAAACUUCUGUACUGUUCUUUUACCUGUAAUCAUUACCAACAGAUGCCAAUAUCUCUUGUAUGUUGAGUGUAUCUCAACAGUAUGAAAGAUAUUGUCUCCAACUGCCUAUUUUAUUGUUUCCUUGAGUGAAAAAUUCCUACUUUAGUGAAAUCUUAUGGAAGGUUGAUAA